AUGCUGCCUCCACGCACAGCCAUCGGUCGAAUACCAGGCCACCUACGACCGGUGCUCCCAACCCGGACACCCGGGCCAAAGGUUCGGCUCCAACCAUUCACCCACCGCAGUCGACUUCUUCUCUCCCCACCACCAGGCCGCCCUCAACUACCCUUCCUAUCACCAUUGACACCGACUCGCUCUCUCCCCCCGCUCUCCAUUCACCUGCGCCAGCACUUUGGACGCUUAAUUUCUACCGAAAGCCGCGCACACUUUAAACAGCGUCUAUCCCGGGGCUUGAAGUUUGGCCUCUCUUUUUACGCCAUCUUGGUCCUUUUCCAGAUCAUCAAGCUCGGCCUUUACCAAGAGGAUAUCGAGCAUGAGUGGCCCACGCCGGAUGAAUGGACGUGGAAGAGUCGCUGGUGUCUGCGUUCUGCCCAGGCUAUGAUGCACCCCGAGCAAAUCGGCAAGCUGAUGACCAAUUGGCCCUUGGUCGCGGGUUACUUCCGUGAACUGCUGGAGCGCCUGGAGAACACGGACGGCGAAGGCAAGGGUAUCGUCGAGCAAGAGGAAGGCGGGCUCCUCGUCGAAGGCGUCGGCCACACGGGCCUCGAUGUUUCCGCGAAGAGCGAGCACUGGCGUCGUGGCUAUUUCCAGGCUCUCAUGGGCGCGGCCAAGGCUGCGGAGAAUCUGGACGGGUGGUUGACGGAUCGUAAGCAGAAGAUUUCUGCGCCGGCGGAGUAUGUCGUUGGCCCGUCGAACCCGCGGCCUAAACCCAUGCCUGCGGGUCAGAAGAAGGUCCCGCAGGAGGAAGAUUGCGAGGCUGCGUCCCCGCCGCCGGAGACCUUUUAUAUGAAGGUUUUGACGACGAGGGGUUUUGAUACGAGGCAGAAGCUUGACGCUGCGCUUGCGUAUGCGGAUUGGCUUGAUUUUAAGGGGCUGGGCCGUACCGCGGGUGAUAUGUACACGUGGGCGCUGGAUAUUGCCGCGGGUGGACUUGACGGCGAUGCCAGUAAGGUCGUGGACCUUCAGACGGGCGUUCUGAAGAAUAAUGGUUCCGAUCUGCCUUCUGAGAAUAUCCUUCGUGUUUCCACUGCGCUUGCGGUUCACAAUGCCCGUCAGGGUAAUCUGCCUACUGCUCUCUCCCUCUUCACAUCCGUCCUCAAGGCGAGACGCAGCCUCCCCACCUCAACCUCUUCUUCUGAAUUCUCCCUCCCCGCACCACCGCGGGCUUCAAACGACCCCAUCACUGGAUUCGUCACGUCUCUCAAGAAAAUCUUCAACCCAGCCGAAUAUCCUCCUGCCCUUCCAUCGGGCGACACUCCUCCCCUCCGCACCCCAGAAUCCGCCUGCGACGAAGCCGGCCUAAUGACCUACAUCGGCGAGAUCCUGUACGCGUCCUCGUCCCGCGAGCACGGUCUCGCAUGGACCCGCGACGCGGUCGAGAUCGCCGAAUCAACCAUGCUCGAACUCACCAGUCCCGAGGACAAACCCGCCCGCACACGCUGCGCGCAAUGUCUCAAGGUCGGUCUCGAGAACUGGAAGACGAUGGUCUCCACGCGUGUGGCACAGGCACACAAGGAGCAAGCCGAGGGUAAGAGCGCUGGCCGGUCAAAGUCCUGGUUUGGUGGCCGUGACUCGCAGGCUAAGGACGAGGAGGUGAAGCGCUGGGAGGCGGAGGAGGCGCUCUUGGAGGAUCGGAUUCGAAGGAUUUUCCCUGUUUUGGUGGGGGAGUCUGGGUUGGAUACGUUGUCGCCCAAUAGUUCGUUGUUUGUUUGA